AUGUAUCUUCCCAGGCAGCUCAUCUCCCACCUUUACCUCCAGCUCCUCCGAUCUCACCACCCACUUUCCCCGCCGGUCCUGAUUCUCGUGGCACUAGAGCCAGACGCGCUAUGUGCCUGUCGGAUUCUGACAGCUCUGUUAAAACGCGAUUACAUCCCUCAUAAAAUCCAGCCCGUCGCCGGAUAUGGCGACCUGUCGCGUGCGGGGGAGGAAUUGGUGCGGCCCAUGCAGACCACCAAUGGCGGCAGCGGUGGUGUGGUGAUCUGUCUUGGGGUUGGGGGCUUGGUCGAUUUGAGUGAAAUAUUGGCAUUAAGUAACCCCGACGAAGAAGUGGAGGACAUGGGAGGCGUGGAGGUCUGGGUGUUUGACGCGCGACGGCCGUGGAACCUGGGGAACAUCUUCGGCGGACAAGCUGGGAUAGGCCAGGAGGUGGACGGAGUCGAUCCCAAUGCGCGACGGCGAGGGCGCGGCGUGGACAAAGGCUGCAUCACCACGUCGUACACGUCCAAAAACGGCGGCAUUGUCGUGUACGACGACGGUGAUAUUGAGGAAGAACUUCGCAACGAACGAGAAGCAUAUUACGCGUUACUGGAAAUGCCAGAAGUUGAUGACGACGACGAUGCGAGUGAUGAUGGUUCUGAAGACGAACUGCAAACGGGAUCGAAAAAGCGCAAGUCUUGGUCAGGUCGCGAAGAUGAUGAGGAGUCUGAAGGCGAUGAGCCACCCCACCAACGGCGGAGGAGUAACUCGGGCUCUUCAAUCACAUCAUCCCCCACGCGCCGGAAGAAGGGCGACAUCAAUUCGUCCAACUCGUCGCGAUCUGCGACACCAACGAAUGACUCUCUAUCACCACCGGAAGCGAAGCAACCCUCGGCACGCUCAUUAAAGAAAAAAUUACUUAAUUUAAAGAGAAGACACGACUCUGUUCUACAGGCCUACUACACCUCCGGAACAUCUUACUCGGAACCAAUCUCAUCUUUGGUCUAUUCACUGGCCUCGGAGCUCGGAAGAGAUGAUAACGACUUGCUUUGGCUCGCCAUCGUUGGUGUGUCUAGUCUGGAACUCAGCGGCCGAACCAUGACCGGUGUAGGCAUUUCCAAUACAUCAGAAUCUGGUGGCUCGGCCGGCUGGGGUGGCCAACGUGGUGAACACAUUCGCCAAAUACUUCGUGAUGAAGUUCAUCGACUGAACCCACCCGAUCCUCUGGAGCAGAAUCGCGACAUUCGAGGGGAGAUCAAUGGAGUUAUUCCAACGACUGCGAGAUCACCAACUGAUACCUCCAUCCGCCUUUCACCAGAGCCUCGCUUUCUCCUUGUGCGACACUGGUCGCUAUACGAGAGUAUGCUUCACAGUCCCUAUCUUGCUCCAAGAUUGCAUGUCUGGACAGAAAAUGGCCGCAAGCGACUUCACAAACUUCUGGCCAAAAUGGGCAUCAGUUUGACCCAGUGCCACCAAUAUUAUACCCACAUGGACAUGGAACUGAAGCGUGGGCUGCGAGGACGCUUGCUCAAAUAUGCCCCAAUGUACGGGUUGGAUGGACUUGUGCCGGCAGAAGGCACUUCAGGCGCAAGUGCCCGAGAAGGCUGGGGUUUCGUGCGCUGCUGGGGUUGGAAGGCUUGCCUUUCUGCAACUGACGUCGGUGUGAUCGUCGGUGCUAUGCUGGAAGUUGGCCCUCAUGAAACUUCCUCUGCAUGGGACCCUCACCGCUUGCCGCCAGCGCGCAACCCUAGCGACAACGAGAAUGGACUUGCGGGCGAAUCUGAUCUGGCCAGUCUACUCCCCCGGUUCUGGAGUGCGUAUGACGCCCUUUCAUUAACGUCUGAGUCUCCCACAAUUCUCCUUGAGUCGCUCCCUCUGGCUCAGCAUCUACACCGGGCUAUCCUUCGGACCGGUACCUCUCUCCUUUCUAAGCACCAGAUCCGCCAUCUUCGGGCAUUCCGAAUUGCUGUGGUAAAGGACGGACCGGAUGUCAAGCUCUUCACCAAUCCCGGUGCGUUGACGAAGUUAGCACUGUGGGUUGCAGAGGCAAUUCGAGUCCAAGAGAAAGAGCGUGGUGACUCCGUUAAAAUCGGCCGCAAGAGAGCAGCAGGAACUCCUCUUGUCCUUGCCGGUCUUGACGAAGAUCGCGACCUCUAUGUCGUCGUCGGCACCGGUGGUGGUGGAGGUGUUGUUGACUUUGCUGCCAUGUCCAAGCGCCAAGAGGAGCGAAAGAAAAAGAAAGAGAUCAAGGACAAGAAGCAAAAAGAGCGAGCAGAACGCCGAUCCAAGAAGGCCGCCGAGCGCGCCGAGCGAGAGGAGGGAACUGGUGCCGAAGACGAAGAAUCGGAGGAUUCGGAGUCUUCGUCGGAGUCAGAAUCCGAAGACGAGGAAGAUCCCCGCGGAAAGAAGCAUCUUCUCCGCAACCGUUUCGGCAUUGCCUUCCAGGAGGUUGUCCAAGAGACGAAUGCCCGAGUCCGCAUCGACAGCUUCGAGCACUGUGUUGUCGAGGUCCAAAAGGACGACCUUGGUGGCUUCCUAGAAGCCCUGAGCUUCCGCAGUGUUCCACGCGAAUAUCCCGUCCUCCCCCGCGAAAGCACCCUCGCCAGUCUCCCCGCGGAGUACCCAACCGACGCGCAAGACCAAAUCACCCAAAUCCUAUCCACAGAUCCAAUCAACCGCCUCGUUGUACUAGACGAUGAUCCCACAGGCACCCAAACCUGCCAUGACAUCUCCGUCCUAGCAGUCUGGGACAUCCCAACCCUAACCGCCGAGUUCCAAACCACAAAGCCAGGCUUCUUCAUCCUCACGAACUCGCGUGCCCUCCCACCAAAAGAAGCAGAGAAGCUUAUUCACGAGAUCUGCACAAAUGUCGCACAGGCUGCGAAAGCCACAAACCAAAAGGUCGAUAUCGUUCUCCGUGGCGAUAGCACAUUGCGCGGCCACUUCCCUCUUGAACCUGAUGUCGCGCAGCAGGUCUUUGGUCCGGCUGAUGCGCUGGUCUUGGCUCCGUUCUUCUUCCAGGGUGGUCGCUUCACAAUUGAUGAUGUGCACUAUGUCGCUGAGGGUGAGAACUUGGUACCUGCUGGCGCUACGCAGUUCGCGAAAGACGCGACUUUUGGUUAUAAGAGCUCCAAUCUAAGGGACUAUGUUUUUGAGAAAGCAGUUGGGAGAUUCACUGAGGAUCAAGUCUGCUCUGUUACAAUUGACGAGAUCCGUACUGGUGGACCGCAGACUGUUUGUGAGAAACUACUUGCUGCGCCGAAGGGUGGAGUGGUUAUUGUCAAUGCUGCUGCAGAGUCUGAUAUGCAUGUUUUCGUUGCUGGAUUAUUGCUCGCCGAAUCGCAGGGGAAACAUUUCCUCUAUCGCACUGGUGCUGCAUUCGUCUCAACUAGACUCGGCGUCCGGUCGAAGGCGCCCAUUUCCGCGGCUGAACUUCACCUGCCAUCUCCCCGCCAGACUGGCGGGUUGAUCAUGGCAGGGUCAUACGUUCCUAAAACCACUGCGCAGCUGAAGGUCCUGACAGAUCGGCGAGGCAGCACGGGUCAGCUUGCCAUCAUUGAGAUGAAAGUUGACGAGUUGAUUGCAUCGCCUGAUACUGCACUGCAGGCUGUGCAACGUGUGGUCGAGGAGACGGAGUCAUAUUUGCGGUCUGGUAAGGACACGCUUGUUAUGACGAGUCGGAAGCUUGUCACUGGGGGUGAUGAGUUGUCGUUGCUUAAGAUUGGCACUGCGGUUGCUGAGGCACUGGUUAGUGUUUUGCGACGCAUCGAGGUGCAACCGCGUUUUAUCAUUGCCAAGGGUGGUAUCACUUCUUCCGAUGCGGCGACUAAAGGCUUGAAUGUCAAGCGCGCUACUAUCGUCGGUCAGGCGGCACCGGGUGUGCCUCUCUGGCGAUGUGAUGAAGAAACUAGUCGACACCGUGGUGUUCCAUUUGUCGUGUUCCCUGGAAACGUGGGCGGAGAGGAAACCCUUUGUGAAUUGGUGGAAGGUUGGAGUUAG